AUGGAAGAAAAUGGUCUUGGAGUCUCUGAAAUCUAUAUCUUUGUGUUUUUUAUUAUUAUUAUAGGUGAAAUCAUUGCUGGGAUAGUCACUAGCAGCUUUAUAGUGUGCGUGUAUUUAUUGCAGUGCUAUAAAGGCGUAACGUUGAGCUCCUGUGAUCAGAUCAUUCUUGCACUCAGCAUUUCUAAUGUGUUGUACCCUUUUUUGAGCACAUUUAUGAUUUUUGCAGCAGUAUUGAAUCUACCAAUUCAGUCAACUGAACUGAGUCAACUUUCAUAUGGAUCUAGUGUUUUCACGAUCAUGUCCAGCUCAUGGCUCUCAGCUUUGCUCUGCUUAUUCUACUGUGUAAAGAUUGUUCAUUUCAAAGCUGGCUCCAUUCUCAGAUUAAAAAUGAAGAUUGAUGUUUUAGUGCCUUGGCUAAUAUUGUCAGCAGAACUGGUUUCCCUCUUCUUCACCAUCCCUGGAAUCUUGAGUUUUUCCAAUAAACUGGAAGCAAAUAAAACAUCUCUCCUCGCUCCCAACAACUUAAUAAAUCAAACUGAUAACACAUUCAGCUAUACUGCUAUAUUAGUUUCUCUGGCUCCAAACAUUUUCUUUCCUUUCCUCAUUACAAUAUGCACCACCGUUUGCAUCAUUUGGACUCUCAGAAAGCACACAGGCAACAUGAGGAAGAACAUGCAAGAAGGUGACAGUCUGAAGGUUCAUAGAACUGCAGUAAGAACAAUGCUGUCCCUUCUCUUCAUCUUUCUCAACUUCUAUAUUGCUGAAAUUAUUAUGACAAGUUUCAUUCAAUCACCACUGAGUAUUGAGUACCUUGGGAUAGAUAUACUGCUGCUGGCCUCUCCUUCCCUGCAAUCUCUCGUUCUCAUUUUGGGAACCAACAAACUGAUGCAGAGUUGUAGAAAGUUAUUUCAGUUUAUUUUGUGUAAGACACAAAACCAUUAA